AUGAGAAAGAAUCUCGGCCCAUGGGCUUUGAUUGCGAUUGCUUUCAAUGUUUGCAAUAGCUGGGCCGGCCUCGCUGGGAGCAUGGAUGUCGCUCUCUCUCAGGGAGGUCCUGUUUCUUUAGUUUACGGGCUUCUUAUAAGCUCUAGCCUGUAUGGCUGCAUAGCUCUGACAAUGGCAGAGUUGGCAUGUGUAUAUCCUGCCGCAGGAGGGCAGUAUCACUUCGUUUCUAUACUUGCCCCAAGAAAGCUUUCCAGAAGUUUGUCAUAUGCUUGUGGCUUGAUUACAAAUUUUUCUUGGAUUGCUAUUGGUGCAGCUAUUAACAUGAUUUUCAGUGAGCAGCUCAUUACGUUGAUCAUGUUUUACCAUCCAAAAUUUGUCUCGCAACCGUGGCACCAGUUUCUCUUUUAUGAGGCCUUUUGCUUGAUUAUAUUGCUGUAUAAUCUAGUGGCCCUGAAAAAGCUGCCACUUACGCAUUAUCUUGGAUUCUUUCUUUGCAUCUUUGUAUUCGUUGGAUCAUUCUUCGCUAUUCUUAUCCGAUCCUCACCAAAGGCACCUUCUGGUUUCGUGUGGACUACAUUCAUCAAUCAGACAGGUUGGCCUGAUGCGGUGUGCUUCAUUGCUAGUCUUCUUACUCCAUGCUUCAUUUAUUCAGGUCUUGAUGCUUCUUUACAUCUUGCAGAGGAAGUAUCCAACCCACGAAUGGCCGUCCCGCGUGCUUGUUUAAGCGCAGUCAUCAUCGGCUUUGUGACAGCAUUUGCGUAUCUCAUCGCACUGUUAUACAGCAUCGUGGAUCUAGCAUCUAUUCGUAACUUUAACGGAUUCCUGCCGUUCGAGCUAAAUCGACAAGCACUCCGUUCUGAUAGUGGAGCAGUCGCCAUUCUCAUUUUGAGUAUUGUUAUGACGUUCUUUAUUCUAAAUGCGGUGCUCCAAACGGCUUCCAGGUUAACAUGGGCAUUGGCAAAAGACAAUGCGCUUGUGUUUUCCAGCAUCCUUCAGAAAGUGAAUCCCGUACUUGGCGUGCCUGUUGCAUCACUCUUGUUUAACGCGGCGUCACUGGCCUUCUGUGGAUGCAUAUAUUUGGCGUCAUCUACCGCUUUCGACGCAAUAUUGGGCUCCUGCGUCGUGCUCCAACAAUGGUCUUUCUUGAUGCCAACUUUACUUCUUAUCUACCGCCAGAGAUCUGAAGAUUAUUUACCUCGGGAUCGAACUUUCCGCCUCCAAGGGUGGAUUGGUUGGUUCGUGAACAUUUGGGUAAUAGUCGUAAUCUCGACAUCGAUGGCCUUUAUUUUUCUUCCACCGUUUCUACCGGUGUCGGCUAACACAAUGAACUAUAACUGUGUUAUAAUCUUUGUUGUCUUUUUACUCAGUUCUGCAAAUUGGUAUCUCUAUGCAAAACGCCACUACCGAGGCCCACGAGUCACCUUCCAUACCUGA